AUGAAAUCCAUUUUGCUCAUAGUCUUCUUGGGAGCGGCUGCUGCCUUCCCUGCUCAGGGCGAUGAAGAUGAUGAUGAUAAGAUAGUGGGGGGCUACACCUGCUCACCACAUUCUGUCCCCUAUCAAGUCUCCUUGAAUUCUGGGUACCAUUUCUGUGGCGGCUCCCUCAUCAACAGCCAGUGGGUUGUGUCAGCAGCUCACUGCUACAAAUCACGUGUCCAGGUAAGACUUGGGGAACACAGUCUGACCUUAAACGAUGGCUCGGAGCAGUACAUCAAUUCAAUCAAGGUCAUCCGUCACCCGAGUUACAACUCCAACAUGCUGGACAACGACAUCAUGCUGAUCAAGCUGUCCACGCCAGCCACCCUCAACAGCAAAGUCCAGGCAGUGGCACUGCCCACCAGCUGCGUGGCUGCCGGGACCCAGUGCCUGGUCUCCGGCUGGGGCAACACCGCCAGCAGUGGCUGUGACUACCCUGAUCGCCUGCAAUGCCUGAAAGCCCCCGUGCUUUCCACCAGUCAGUGCACCAAAGCUUACCCAGGGAAAAUCACCAACAACAUGUUUUGUAUGGGAUUUCUGGAGGGUGGCAAGGACUCGUGCCAGGGAGACUCUGGAGGCCCUGUGGUUUGCCAGGGGAAGCUCCAGGGGGUUGUCUCCUGGGGCAUUGGGUGUGCCCAGAAGGGCUACCCAGGCGUCUACACCAAAGUCUGCAUGUAUGUCUCAUGGAUUAACAACGUCAUCAAGUCUAACUGAACAGAGCUGAGCCUCUGAAAAGAUUUCU